AAAUUUUGAAUAAAUUAGUGAUAUGCAUUAAGAAAACUCAAUGCCUUAAGAAAUAAACCGAGCUACGUGUGCGCAUAGUUUUAUGAAUCAAAAUCUGAUAGUGUAUAAGAAAUCAGAAAAAUAAAACAAGAAAAAAGAAUCCAAGUGAAAUAAAAAAGCAAACUUAACAUAAUUAUAUUAUAUAUGUAAAGUUUCACAAUACAACGGCUGAUUUUUCCAAAAAUUUUAUAAAUCUCUGACAGCCGCAGUCAAAGUCAAUAGUGUAAACAUUCGGUGAGAGACUUGAGCCAACAAACUAAGCAGAGUGGAACUGAGAAAAACAAGCUUAACAACGCAACGAAUACACGUCAUUUGACCUACGCUGAAGAGAGAUCGAGAGAACAAUCCAAAAAAGUGCAUAAGAGCUAUAACUAACUAAAGUAUCUUAGCUAAUAAAUGUAUUUAUUAGAAUCGUAAACGCUACACAUAAUACUGUUCCGAUUAUAUUACGUUAAGAAACGUAACCUCUACAAUUUAAUAGUUUUGCACCUACGUACUGUCGAACAGUACAGAUUCUACGCAAUUUAUUCAUAUAACUUAUAAACAGAAAAUAAUUUAUUUCAUUAUAAAUAAUAAAUUAUUGCUGAGCAUAUGAUUUCUGUGCCUAUAUGCGGUCAUAUAUCUCAUCGCAUGCACAACUGGAAUAUCUAAAUUAUUGGUAAUCCCAAUAUUAAAGUAGCUUUAACAAUAUUAUUUAGUAGUCUUGUUUUGGAUUCAUUUUACUGCAAAACUGUUACUGGAAUAUAUCUCAAAGCAUGGUAGACAGCGAAAACAUGGAUUUGUUGGCUGCAGCUUCCUGCAUUGUACCUGAUCGUUUAUAUUUUGUUGCUUUUAAGAAAUAUUUGAAACCCAGGAACACAGCCAAUACACACUAUUUUAGCAGUGAUGAUGAUUUUAUAUACGAAAAUUUUUACAAUGAUUUUGGACCGUUAAAUCUUUGUAUGUUAUUCCGCUAUAGCCAAAAACUAAAUGUAAAGGUACUGUCAAAAUCAUGUGAAAACAAAAGAAUUAUACAUUAUACAUCGAUGAAUGCGGCAAAACGAUUGAAUGCUGCCUGCCUGAUUGGUUCGUAUGCAAUUAUAUAUUUGGAGAAGACACCAGAGGAAGUGUAUAAUGUUUUAACCGCUGGUGACAUACCGCCAUAUACACGUUUUUGCGAUGCAUCUUAUGGUCCAAGUAACUUUAAAAUCUCUCUCAUCGACGUCUUGAAUGCUGUGCAAAAGGCGCUGAGCGCUGGUUUUUUUAAUUUUGAUGAUUUUAAUGCUGCCGAAUAUGAACGUUAUGAACGGGUCGAAAAUGGUGACUUUAAUUGGAUUGUGCCACAAAAAUUUAUCGCUUUUUGUGGACCACAUCAAAAAACAAAAGUUAUGGCAAACGGUUACCCGUGUCAUUCGCCCGAAACCUAUUUUGAUUAUUUUCGCAAAAACAACGUUACUACUGUGAUUCGUCUAAAUGCAAAAGCUUACCACGCCUCCUGUUUCGAAAAUGCCGGCUUUGAACAUAAGGACUUAUUCUUCACAGACGGCAGUACACCGAGUGAUUUGAUAUUGAAGAAGUUUCUGCAAAUCUGUGAGAAUACAAAAGGUGCCAUAGCUGUCCAUUGUAAAGCUGGACUGGGACGUACAGGCAGUUUGAUUGGUGCUUAUAUAAUGAAGCAUUAUAAUUUCACAGCUCUGGAAGCUAUUGCUUGGUUACGCUUAUGUCGUCCUGGUUCUGUUAUUGGACAUCAGCAACAAUGGAUGGAGGACAAACAGGCUUGGCUUUGGACAGAAGGCGAUCGUAUGCGUAAACGUACCUCAACUGACAUUCCGUAUCAUAAAUAUGGCAUUUAUAGCGUAGAUAUAAAAACCAAACCAAACAACACAGUGCCUUCUUUAGUUAACGAAAAUGCCGAUGUCUUAUCGUCACGUGUUAGAGGUAUAUCUCGCAAAGUGGAUACCAUGAAUCUUAACGACGAACAAACCAUAGAUGAAAACGCUGGUAAUACACAAACUGUGAACUGCGUCCAAAUCAGGUAUCGCCUUUAUGGUAAUGCUCCAAAAACUUAUACUGUUGGUGCUAGUGGAAGUGGUGGCAGUGGUGCAAGUGGUGGUAGCUGUGGCAGCGAUGAUAAUGAAGAAUCAAAGGGUGAAUUUAAUCCUGACUGCAAUGGCACAAGUGAUGCACGCAGGCGUAAAUCACCACAUUUUGGUCAAAAUGUUGUAACAUUGGCUGCUGUUGACAGUAAUGAACGUUUACUACCAGCUGUUUCACGUUCAUCGCCAACAGUUAUAGAUAUAAACACUCAACGUGCUGCGGCCUUUAAUGUGGAACCCCUUUAUUCUGAGAAAAAAUUGAAGAAACCAUCACAUUUACUGGAGGCUGCACAGAGACCAACAAUUGCAUCAACUGUUCGCAUGUCACAAGCGGCGAUUGAUAGGAAGAAUGCUCAAACCCAGGGUGAUAAACUAAAUCAAAUCAAGGCAAUGAGACGUCAACAUAAUUCACGUGCAAUUCAAUCAACACAAGAUCCAAAUGAACAAGCGAUACGUUAUACCCGUGCACGUUCUCAACCAUUUCGCAAUAGUUGCAAUACAACAAAUAUGUUAGCUGCAUCAGCAUCACCCCUUAAGCCGGAUUGUGCGGAAUUUGUAUCGGCCAGUAUGAGAUCAAUCACUCCAACUGCAUCUCUACAUAGUGUCACAACGUUAACUAAUAACAACAAUAUUCACAAUAAUCAUCUUAACAUUAAUAGUCAUAACAACAACAAUGUUAACCAAAACAUAAAUCAUACAAAUAACUUGCAAUCAUCAACCUCAGCUACAACUGCAACUAGUAAUGGUAAUGGAAAUUCGGUAAUAACUCGCGCACGUAGUCUCGCCCUUUACACCAAGAGAAUGGGUCUAAUCCAUUUUCGUAAAGUUGAAGCUCAACAGCAGCAACAAGCAAAUUUAGGUAUUGCCAACGUAAAUAGCUACAGCAAUAAUAACAGCAAUAGUAAUUGUCAUGAUGUCACAGCUCCUACACUAAGCAGCCUUAAUAAGCAAACUAAAACAUAUAACAAUGCAUUAGUGAACUCUGCUAACUCAGCCAAUCCAAAUGAAAGUAAAAUACCGAUUGUACGUAGCACAGCCGCUUUGUAUGACCUAAAUGUGACGAGUAGCUGUGUCAACAAACCAACGGCUAGCAAUUGCGAUGGUAACACAGCAGCAGGAUCUUCUGCAACAAUACCACCGACACGUGGAGCACGUGCACCACAUCAUCAUAUGACUUUACGUGGCAGAUCCCGUAUACGUUAUCAUCGUAACGCUCCGGUAACCACAAUGGCUUCAGUACCCAAUGUUGAGCAUAAUAUACAGCCAUGCACUACAGUCACAGCACGUUACUAUCGCGACGUUUCAGCUAUACCAACAUUGUCAACUGCGAUACCAACUACGGUAGCAGUAGUUAUUGGUGUUAAUAGUGGUGAGGAUAGUGGUGGGGGUGGUGAGUGUAGUAGUAGUGUUGGUGCUGGUAGUUAUAUUAAUAGUAAUCGAUCUUUAUCGGCAACACUUGACUUAAACUCAAAUUCUUUACAAAAUACAACUUUAGCACCUACCUCAACGACGUUAACUAAACAACAACGUCAACAACACCAGCAGCAACAGCAACAACAACUGCUGGAAGAACGUAUCUCCCAAGUUAAUUCCUCUAAGUCCCCCCUAUGCAAAAAUAACAAUAAAAAUACUAACAAUUACAAAAAUCUUAAUGCUAACCAUACAACAACCACAACAACAACAAAUGAAACUGAGUUAAAUGCUAACUUACAUUCCACACCACCUUUAGAUUCAAAUCGACUUAAUCGUAACCAAAUGAUUGAUAUCACCGCCACUGCAGCUGAAGCAACACAAAUCCGUGGUACACCCACUGGUAUACCAGUUCAUAGCCAUAGCCAUACCAAUCAAAAUAAUAUUAACAACAACAACAAUAUUAAUAAUAAUAAUAAUAAUAAUAAUAACCGUAAAAACAAUAGCAUCGUAAAACGUAACAAACGUUCACUGAGCAGUACGCGGAUCGAAAAGGAUAAAUAUGAUGAGUACAACAACAAAUUACUACGUAAGACCACAACAACAAUAACCACAACGUCAACGACAGCAACAGGAGCAACCAGCAACAAUGUGGCUGAAAUUGGUGAAAACAACAACAACAACAACAACAACAACAACAAUGGCAAUGGCAAUGGUAACGAUAAUUGCCACAGCAACAGCAAUAAUAACAGCAACAAUAACAAUAAUAAUAAUAACGUUAUUGUCACCGCAGCUUCCACAACAACAACAACAAUUGGAACUUCAUCAAUGUCAAGUGCACCCACCACAGCAAGCUUUAAGGUAACUACUGCUCUAACGCGCCGUUUGCAUGCAGCUGCCGCGAAUGCGCUUGAAUCUUCUACAGCGUCAUCCACAUCAUCAGCAUCAACUUCGGGCAUACCAACUCCAACAUCGAGCGGUGCCAUCCAUGGCACACACGGUUUGUAUUUACAGCGCAGCGUCAAAAUUGCUGCAGCUGCCGCUUUAGCCGCCGAGCGGGAGAAACAACACAUUUCGCUUAAAUUGCGCAAAAAGAUAAGUUACUGAAAUAUAUUUAGCUACCACAAAAACCAUCCUUUCCCGCUACCUCUUAUUAUAUUGAUUAAAUUUAUUUUCUAAUUGAAAAGCAUACACUGCCCACAAAAAGGUUACUUCAUAAAAAAUUAAUUAUUUGUUAAAUACAA